AUGAUACCUCUCAGCAGCAAGGUAAUCGCAAAUGGAUGGAAUGGUGAAGAGGCAGGUGAUAAAGCCGCCGGCUCUUCUGUGGACCAUCGGUGCCAAGCAGGACUUGACUAUUCCCAGCCAUUUCCAGGAGGUGAUUUUGCUGUUUGUGAGCCGUGCUGGCUUGGCCGGGGCAAAUGCAGGAGGAUAUGCACCGAGGAUGAGAAGGUUGUUGGAAAUUGCAAGAUGAACUUUUUCUGUUGCCGACGGAGGAUCAGGUGA